AUGAUUGCCAACGAUAAUAAGCACUGGGACGAAAACAAUCUGACGUACCUCGAUCAUGGCGGCACGACGCUCGCACCCAAGUCUUUACUCAAGUCCUUCUGCGAAGAGAUGCAAAGCACUCUCCUCGCCAAUCCUCACUCUGAUUCAUCCAAUCCGAGUGUGACUGCCGUCAUGGUAGAGCAAACCCGGCUUGCUGUCUUGAAGAUGUUCAACGCCGACCCCGUUCACUUUGAUGUCGUCUUCACCGCUAAUGCCACCGGUGCCAUCAAAUUGGUGACAGAAGGGUUCUCUGGAUACGAGAAAGGAUUCGAUUACUGUUAUCAUCGUAACAGCCAUACAAGUCUGGUUGGUGUCCGAGAGCUGGCCAAUCGUAGCCACUGUUUCGCAUCCAAUGAGGAGACAGAAUACUGGCUCGCGGGAGCGAACGAAUUUGCCUUCAAAGGUCCUCUUGCGGAGAGACCAUUGUUGUUUGCUUAUCCAGCGCAGUCGAACAUGAACGGCGAGCGACUUCCGCUGGAUUGGACAGGCAAGCUACGCUUGUCGUUGCAUCAUCCGAACUCUUACUCUCUGCUUGACGUAGCAGCCCUGGUAUCCACGACCCCAAUUGACUUGAGCAACCAUCUCUUCGCCCCCGACUUCAUCUCCUUAUCCUUCUACAAGAUCUUUGGGUUCCCGGAUCUCGGUGCUCUGAUCGUCCGGAAGGCGGCUGGCCAUGUGUUCGAUCACCGGAAGUACUUCGGCGGUGGCACGACAGAGAUGACAACUUGCCUUGGAGAAUCAUGGGUAGCCCGCAAGGACUCUAGCCUCCAUGCACGGUUAGAGGACGGGACGAUCGCUUUCCGGAAUAUUCUUGCUCUGAAGUGUGCUAUAACGACUCAUCGCGCGUUGUUCGGCGGGCUUGAACAAGUCUCGACACACGCUAGGUGGCUUGCUAGCAUCCUUCACGAUCGUUUGACGAGCAUGAUGCACUACAAUGGUGCACCAGUAUGCCAAGUAUACAAGUCGAUAGACUCUCACUAUCAAGAUUCGCAAAAACAAGGGCCGACGAUAGCUUUCAACAUACAGAGAAGCAAUGGCGCAUACAUCGGCCCGUGGCACGUUGGAUCGUUCUUCAGGGCGAGUAGGAUCCACGUUCGCACGGGCAACGUGUGCAAUCCUGCAGGUAUGGCAUGUGCGCUGGGUGUAGAGGCUGGAUGGAUACGGGGUGCGUUCGACGCAGGUCUUCGAUGCAAUACGGAGGCCGAUGUUGUGGACGGAGUGCCUUUUGGGAUAGUCAGGGUGACCCUGGGGGCCAUGAGUACCUUGGAAGAUGUUGAAACGCUCGUGAGCUGUCUUUCGCGGAACGUCGUAGAACAACAGGGGCUCCUCCAAGAGACUGCGCAGGUUCGUGAUAAGAGCAAGGAACCCCUCCUCCCUAAGUCAUGGGGAGCAUACGACCACAUUGAAGAACCCGAGGAGCUUGAUUUCGUGGCUGAGGAGGAGGAAAAGGUUGUAUCCGCGCUUUCAUGGGAGAAGGCACAUUGA